UCCAAUACAUGACGUGUUAGUAUGUCCCAGUACUUCCAUACUCUUUUAAUACACACUCAAAAGUAUGUACUUUUUCUUUACAAAAAGAGUGCAUACUUUUAGCCCAUAGUAUAAGUAUGCCAGUUGGGAUGCAAGAUACGCUAGGAAGAUUCCAGUGAUGGUUUAUCUGUGUCUAUCUGUGCAGAAGACAGACAGGGCUCAGUUUUGCCAUGAUUGCUUAACGUAGCAGUGUGUCAUGCCCAGUGUGGGUGCUGGAUUCUAUUUCUGUGUUUGUGUAUGUGCUGCAGAUGUCUGUGGCCCAGAGGAAAGGGGACGGAGUCAGCACACUCAGAGCUGAAGCUUGGCAUGAGCUCUUGUUAGCUCCAGGGCCUGAAGUUCCCAGGAGGCUAAUAUUUCUCAGGCUGAAAAGAGACAGCCUUCGAAUUUCUAAAACAGACCUCAUAACAUUAGUAACGUUUUGGUCAGUUAAUGUCCACUAGAACACAGAUUAACUCUCCAGGGUUCAAUGGAUAUGCGUAUAUUGACAUGAAGAAGGAUAUAGAGGUGCUGAUAGCUGAGGAACGUGCACAGAUCAUCUGUAAAUAUGAUAAGGGCAGGGAGGAGGGUGUUGAGAUCGACCCUUGGGAGGAUGCCGACUACAGCAUUUACAAGGUCACGGAUCGAUUUGGCUUCCUGCAUGAGGAAGAGCUUCCCACUCCAACUCUUCUUGAAGAGAAGAGAAAGCAGCUGGAGAUUGAACGCGUACAGAAAUGGUUGAAGAUGGUCAAAAAAUGGGAGAAGUACAAAAACAGUGAGCGGUUGAUGAAGAGGGUGUACAAGGGGAUUCCACUGCAGCUGCGAGGUCAAGUCUGGAGCCUACUACUGGAUGUGGAGAAAGUUAAGAAGGAGAAUGAAGGGAAAUAUGAGAGAAUGAUCGAACAAGCCAAGAUCUACUCCACAGAAAUUAAACAGAUUGAUCUUGAUGUGAACAGGACCUUCCGAAACCACAUCAUGUUCAUGGAUCGAUUCGGAGUAAAGCAGAAGUCUCUGUUCCACGUGCUCACUGCUUACUCCGUAUACAACACGGAUGUGAGCUACUGCCAGGGUAUGAGUCAGAUAGCUGCCAUUCUGCUGAUGUACAUGAAUGAGGAAGAUGCAUUCUGGGCCAUGUCCCAGCUCCUGACCAAUCAAAAACACGCUAUGCAUGGCUUCUUUAUCCCUGGAUUUCCCAAACUGCAGAGAUUUCAGAACCACCAUGAUCAGAUUCUGUACAAACUCCUCCCUAAACUGAAGAAGCAUCUGGACAAGGAGCAGAUGUCCAGCGGCAUUUACAGCACUAAAUGGUUCCUGCAGUGUUUUAUUGACCGGACCCCGUUCACCCUGACCUUACGCCUGUGGGACAUCUUUAUCCUUGAGGGAGAGAAGAUCCUCACAGCCAUGGCCUACACCAUCCUUAAACUGCAUAAGAAGCGUUUGUUGAAGAUGUCACUGGAGGAGCUGAGAGAGUUCCUACAGGAGAAGAUUGCUGAAUCCUUCGAUCUCAGUGAUGAUAUAGUCAUUGAGCAGCUUCAGGUCUCCAUGACAGAAUUGCGCAAAAUGAAGCUGGACCUUCCUUCUCCAGCUAAGCCAGAUGAGCUGCCACGGAAGCCACUUGGUGUGGAGCGGCCUGUACUGCUGACCCCUAUGCGACCCCACAACCCGAACCUGGAUCAGGAAACACCAGACAAGAGCCAGCUAGCCAAACAACCUCCUGCUUCACUUCAGAUCUCACUCCAGGAAUCGAUUGUUCCUGAUCAGAGCUCUCCAGAAUGUAAGUGGCCCUAUCAGGAUAGGGAAAUAGACAGCGAAUCUCCAUUUCCCUCCCCUGACCCGGUGCUAGUGCAUACUGAGAUCAUUUUUGGCCCAGGUGGAGUGAUGGAAGGUCCUGAAGAGCAACCACCACCGUAUGAGCCUCCUAAAAAUGCUGGAACGGAUAACUCUUCACUUUCUUCCCACCUGGCCAUGAAUACUUGUGGAACUUCAACAGAAUCAGCACAUUUAGAUGCACCUCAGGACAUUUCGCAAGGAACUUUGCAGGCGACAGUGGAGGAUGGUUUAUUUGUAAUGCACCCAAGCAAGUGCCAGUUGACAUUAUCUACAGCCUCAGUGCAAGAUUCCCAAUAUGAGAAGCUUGCAGAUACAGAAUUGGUGGAAACAAGAGAAGAGAAAAGAUUUGUGUCAGAGAAGUCUAUGGUAUUAACUCAGAACUCUGCUUUUAUUAAAAUUCCCCACACAGACUCUGCACAGCAGUCAUCUUCCCCACACCGAGAAGUUUCAUUAUCCACAGCUGGAAGGAAACUGAUGACUGUUCACUCAGACCCGCUGUUUGAGCGCCAUGAUCUUCCCAGUCUGCCCAAAUCAGAGACUUUUUAAGCCAGCUGUUGAUUCUUUGACUUUUGUAAGGCAUUUAGAAUUUUUAGAAUCCUACAAUUACUGUAGGACUACAUUACUGCAUCACAUGGGCAGUAUAAUACAUUGUACUGUGUCUGGGGAGAGAUGCUUCCUAAAAUCACGCAAUGUUCAGUUUUCAUGCACCGGGUAAUAAUUGGAAAAAUGUAGGGAAAUUUCAUUUAAGAAAAAUCUUCAAUCUUUAAAAGGUCACUCAAGUGUUGCUUAAACCAAGAAAAGGAUUUAAAUAGUGAGCUGGCUCACUGUUACACAUGGGCCACAAAUUUCAUUAAUUUAUUUUUUUGCCUAGUUCCAAUAGAACAAUUGGUGAACUAAAAAUUAGUGGCAGAAAAAAGCCACAAAUCCAGGAUCCAUUGCACAGAAACCAAAAGAAACUUUAUUAUUAUUAUUAUUAUUAUUAUUAUUAUUAUUAUUAUUAUUAUUAAUCUUUUUCUUACUUUUUACAUAAAUUGUAAUUUAUUUAUCUUUCCAUGCUUUCAAGCAUUAAUCAUUGCUUAAUUACACAAAACUAAGCUGGAAAAAAGUUGUUUAUAUUUAUGACUUACAAUAUUAUCUAAACCGCAUUUCUUUUAAAAAUAUGUGACAGUUGUGUAAAGUAGGUAUUUACUUUACCCUCAACUUUUAAAAAAAUUUUUUUUUUUUAGUUUAUUUUAGUUGUGUCUCUAUAAAUUAUAAUUUGUGGGGCAAGAUGGAAGCAAAUAUUUCUUUACCAACCAUAAUAUGCCAUUUUCCAUGUGACAACAUUAUCUAAUAAAACACACACACACACACACACACACACACACACACACACACACACACACACACACACACACACACAGAGAGAGAGAUCUAUCAGUUUUCCUGAAAAGGUCAGGAAAUGUAUUUUGAUAUAUUUAAUAAAACAUUUUUCAUGAAUACUGCACUAGCCAUGUUAAGGGAAGAAUUAAAAACAUUUUGUGCCAGAAGGAUUUUCUGUGCCACUAAAGUCUUAAGUGUUAAUGUACUGUAAGGCACUUGGUUUAGAUUGAGCAUUUUGUAAAUGAAGGUAACGAGCUUUUUGAAGUAUUGUAUUUUAAUGCUUUUAUGCUUUUGUAUCUGUAGGCUUUAGAUAUUUGUAUAGUGUAAAUUAUAUUAAUACAGGUACUGUGUUAAAUUCACAAUUAAAAAAAAAAUUGUUGUUUUUUUUCAUAUUAUAUUAAAUAUUGGUUCUGUUUUAUCAGUGAUAUACUUUUUUUUGUGCAACAUUAACUGAAUGCUGUGCAAAAUGCUUUAGGCUUUUAGGAUGAAUGUUUCACUUUUGUUGGUUCAUGCAAAUUAGUAUGCAGCUGCAGUCAUUUGCGGCAUAAUGCAAAUUUUUCUUGCGAAGUAUUACAUUUUGUAAGCAGCUUCAUCCUAGUACUCUGAGGGGAAUUUAGUGCUUUUGCCUGUAAGAAAGACUUACCAUUAUGUAGACUAUUUUUCAUGUACUCUUAAAAGGCAUUACUUAAUUUAGCAACAAAGUCAAAAGUAAAAUCUGCAGACUUGUGUGCAGUUCUCAGCGAGAUAGCAAUACACCGUAUAGAACGUCCUAUGAAUGACUGACUGAUUUAUUAUGUAAAUAAUCAAGAUUGUCUUAAUAAAAUGGGCAUAUAAGAUUA